CGGGUGGAGGCGUUGAUUGUGGUUAAAAUUUUGUUUGCCAAGAAUUCAUCAUCCUGUGAGCUGUCUUCACACAUACCAAAAAGAAAAAGAAAAAGAAGACACACACGCGGGACCACCUGACUGAACCCUAGCGCAAGCAAUCCUCUUCUUCCCGCUUCGAAUCGCCCUGUUAAAUUCUUUCCUCAUGAAAUGGGAGAUGAACAUGGAGAUGGAAGAGGUGGAGGCCGUUCUCGAGAAGAUUUGGGACUUACACGACAAGCUUAGCGACGCUAUCCACUCCAUUUCCAGAUCUCACUUUCUCCAUUCCGUCAAGUCCCUACGCUCUUCCACGGAUCUAUUCGGACCCAACAAGAAACUCUCCGAUGCUGACGUCAAAGGUGGCUUCGUUUACGUCAAAGACUUCCCCAUCGAAGAGGACGACGACUCCGCUAUUCACGAGGCCAAGAGUUUGAAUUCUAUUCGCACCGCUCUCGAGAACCUCGAGGACCAGCUCGAGUUCUUUCAUACUGUGCAAACACAGCAACGAGCAGAGAGGGAUGCUGCAAUUGCUCGGUUGGAACAAAGUCGAAUCGUGCUUGCAUUGAGAUUGGCUGAUCACCAUGGUAAGAAGUACAAAGUUAUUGAAGAAGCACGAGCUUUUGUUGGUGAAGUACAGAAUCAUGCUAAAUUUGUCCAACCUGAGAAUGGUGGUUACACGUCAACAGAAACGUAUGAGAGGUCAAACAUUCUAGUCAAAGUUGUCAUCUCCAGCUUCAACUUUGCAAAAAAGUCGUUGCAAGUUGAUCAUCUGGGUGGUGUGCUAGGGAAUGCUGCUCUGUUUGCAGUGAGCAUGCUGGCAUUGCUGCAUCUUCAUCAGGUGGGCGAUAGGGACCGUUACAUAUCAGAUCUCCAGCAGAGACAUGAAGUUAAUAAUAAUCAAAACAAGAACGUGACCAAGGUUUAUAUACCUGAAGGAGGCACUUCUAAUGGUCUAGAUGUGCUAUCUGCCAGGGGUUAAGAACUGAAGAGAGGGAGUUGUUUCGUGUGUUUUUUUUUUUUUUUUUUUUUUUUUUUUUGGGCAAAUAGCAGUGUCUGGAAUUGUUUUAGAAAGUGUAGGGUUUUAUUGUUUGUUUCUUAAAUUUGUAUAUUCUUAGGCUGUUUUUGUUUAGGGUGCAUAACAAAGAUUGGGAAUGCUAAAUUUGUUUCUUAAAGGAGUCCUUAUGAUUUGAUGGUAUUUGCGUCUGAAAAUGGUCUUUUUACCGA